AUGACGACGAUAUGGCGGGACUACAGUUUUCAAGAAUUCGACGACGAACCGGCACCAAUGCCAGGACUCCCAGAUAUUCUUCCCCGGUUCUUCGUUCCACCUUUGGAAGACAAACCACAGAACCCCAUAAUGGAUACCCUGAAACUAGCCAGAAUCAAUCAGUCUUUGCCCAAGCGACCUAGAGAUACUCCUCGUGUGCCACACGAGCUUGCCAUUCUCGUCGCUGACGCCUCUGAGAGCGACAACCAUGCUGAUGAUUUGGAUAAACUGUGGAUGAGUGCGCUGUCGCGUAAACUGGGCGUGAGGAAUGGAACCCUGUCAUGGGACCGGCUGCGUCCAACUCAUUCAUCGAAGGCUAGUUCAACUGCCUUCUUGUCAGAACAAGCUAGCCUCGUGUUCGCUUCUGCACGGCACUACGUUCAACCGCGUUUCUCUGAUCCCAAUAUUAUCGUGUCGUAUGUCACACAAGAGGGGCUGUUGGUCUCACUCAAAAUGAUCAUCCUCGGAACCUCAUCGACUUUGCAUACAUGGUGCCCCUCUUCUGAGAGGUUCGUUCAAGUGGGCUGUCAGGAGGGCCAGCGUGGAUAUCUAUCGGUUGAUGGAAAAGAUGAAGUGGUUAGCGGCAGUGUCAUAUCUCGCUUUCUGACGAUAGGUACUCUUAUGCGACGUCUAGAGGAAUUUUUGAAAGGCAUACGGAAGAGAUCAGCUAAGGAAGGACCAACGAUACAUGCUUUCGCUCAUUCAUUAGCGACCACACUUACAUACCUACGAGAGGAGUUUGCCAAACUCCCGCCUAUACAAGAGGCAGUAGAGAGGACGGCGUUGUGUGCUCUUUGGAUGCAAUAUAACAUCUAUGAAGAAAUUCUGGUUGCUCUGUCCGACCUGUAUGGACGAAGCGAGGGACACUCACCGCGAGACUACCCGAAAUUUGACUCUUCUCCUGUUCCCCUUCUGUCUCGCGUAUACGAGCAUCUCAGUAUGCACCUGGAACGCCAGUCACCGCGCCGAAUUUCGGCACUAUUCGCCUACAUCUUGACUAGUGCAUCCCAGGAAUAUUUGCAGCAAGUUGGGCGAUCAGUUGGGUUCGGAGGCCGACCACUGCGAAAAUCAUCUCAUGUGGUUGGAGAGAAACAUAAUCAAUACGAAAUUGAUGAUGACGGAGAUGAGGAUGAAGAAGAGGAAGAUAUUUUCGAAGCCCUGGAACAGAUUGAGGACACUUUCCCGAAUUUCUUCCCUUCAAAGCUGCUCGAUGUGUUACCAGCCGCCCAGAAGUCUCUCGUUCUUCUGCGGAUUGCGCACCCAGACCACCCGCUACUCACGCUUCCGCCCUCCCGAAGUCUAAUUAAAUGGUUCUGGUCAGCUACAGACAUCCAAACUGUUUGGGAUGGCUCAACACCACUCCCAAUCGUGGACCAACCCGUUAGUGAAUUGUCCCCAAUCCAUCCUUCCAAGACGUACGAUCCAGAAUUAUCACAAUUCAGCAUCUUCGACUUGGAGCCUGGCUCAAUGAUCAGCUCCUCGUCAUUCACUCUCAGGGACACAUCAAUUCGCACUUUACGAUCCUUCAUUGACUCCUUCCCCGAUGUUCUUCCCCCAAUAACACCCACCCUCCCCCACCUCACUUCCCUUGUCUUUGGUGACCUCGUCAAACACGCAUCAACGCUUUCAUCUGCCCUCCUCUCCCUGUUCAUUACAUCCACUGGGAAUCUCAACUUCCAGUCCCACCUCGUCCUUCUACGCUCGUACUUACUCCUUACUGCACCCUCAUUCAAAUCCCGGCUUCUUGCAGCCCUCUUCUCCGACACUGGGGAGUACGAGAUCGACACGGGGCCACAUAGCAUGUCGAUACGCUCGCUGAGGCGACGCCCGAACAGUAAAAAAGCGGGAACAACACCUCAGCAGCCUUGGGCCGUGGGUUUGUCUCCAAGUUUGUUGGAACGUGAGACUUGGCCGCCCGUUGGUGCUGAUUUGAGCUUUUUUUUGAGGACGGUGAUUGUGGAUUCGUUUGAGAGGGAGGGGGAGGACUUUGGUAUUGGUGGGAAGGCACAGGUUAUCGAGGAGGCUGGGUGGAGGUUGGGCUUUGCUAUCCGGGAUUUACCCGUUGGACCUGGAAGGGAUAAGUGGCUGAACCCAUUGACUAUGGAAGCCCUCGAUUUCCUCUAUAUGGAUUACAAACCCCCACGUCCUAUGGAAAUCUUGAUAUCCCCAGAGAUACUCUCAAAGUACCAAAGAUUGUUUGCUUUCAUCCUGCGUCUGUUAAGAGUGGAAAGCGCCCUCAAGUGUCUUUUCAGAAUGGGCAGGUCAACGACCAACCCGUUCUUUCAGACUCUCACGGCAUCAAGAAAGCUUCUUCUACAUUUCAGAUUUGUUGCCCAGUCUUUUGUUUCAAGCUUGGAGAGCUAUGUGUUUGAUAUCGCAAUACGGGGCAACUUCGAUCCUUUCGUUGCUCGUUUAACUCCUGAAACACUGGUUUCAGCUACCAGCGCAGGCAAGAACAAUGGGUUCUCGGACGUCUUCGAGCUUGCUCGUGGUCACUCUGUGCUACUGGACGAUAUUCUAAGUGCUUGUUUGCUCCGGUCAGGGCAGAGAGGGGUCGGUGAUCUCUUACGCAACUCCCUUGAACUUGUCUUGGAGUUUUGUGUUGCCUGCGGGGAAUUGCAUCGAGGACGAUUGGAGGAAUACCAAGCUGCAGGGCUGAUUGAGGAUAUAUUCCGCAAGUUUCGCACAAAAAUGACGACUUUGACUAAGGUUCUGAAAGGCUUGGUGGACAAAGGUCCUUCGUCUUCCAGAUCACUAGUUGAUGUGUCAGGAGGCGGUGAACGGAGGCCUUUGGGCGGAAUCGAUGCCUUGUACCACCUACUCCUCUGUCUGGAUCUCAACGAUUGGUGGUCCAAAGCAAGCUGA